AUGGCCAGCGAGUCCCUUCUACCUGAUGAGCCUGUGCUCCACGCCGUCUUCACUUCCUUAUCCAUCGAUGACAUUCCGGAGCUUGACCUUCAAGUGAAGGGGGAGUUGGGCGCGAAGGACGGAGGCCUUCUGCCAUUGCUUACUGGAGGGUCGGAGGCUCAAGAAGAGGAACAUGACUACACGGCUACUUCACAAGGCGAAAAGCCCCUUCUCUGCAGAAAUGUCCUGGCCAGGGACCAGCUCUCCACGUCACCCGAUAGCAUCGCGACAGAGUACGCUGCUACUUCUGGAUCUGAGCCUGAAUUCACCUCGGACUCGGACUUUUGGACCGACGACGAAGACGACGAUACCACCAACGAAUCCGUCCUCUGCCUGACGAGCCGAGGCGCAAGGUUCCUGGACUCGACAGAUACUCUCCGUCCUCCUCUGCCCAGGCGCCUUUCCUUUAAACCCCUCGAGUCCGUCACUCCUCACCUCGGGUCACCUCCCAAGCUCCCUUCCCCCGAGCUCCUCCCCACCCCGGCGGCAGACGGACCCCUGACACCCUCACCCGACGGGCCGUCCCCAGGGAUCGUCAUCUUUCACAACGACUACUUUGCCGUGGCGCAGUCCAGGAUCGCGGGCUGGGGCGCCUUUGCGGCUCGGGACCUCAAGUAUGGAGACCGAAUCCUUGUCGAGAGACCGUUGCUGGUGGCUGACACCAACUCGCUGUUCAAAGAGUUCGAGAGGCUGAGCCCGUGGCAGCGCGAGGUUGCGCUGGGGCUUCAUGCGAAUAGCUCGGUCAAGCCGGGGACGCCGCGGCUGCAGGCCGUGUGGAUGGCCAACUGUUUCUCUAUUGGUGUCGACGACAAGGCGGGACUCUUCCCUAUCGCAUCCCGCUUCAACCACUCAUGCCGUCCGAGAGACAAUAUCGAAUACACUUUCAAUCUAGAUAACGAAACACUCGAGAUGGUGGUCAAGGCGGACACGAUCCUCUCGGGCGAAGAGUUGACCAUCUCCUACGGAACCAGACGGACCCCCAUCGAUCUCUACUACCGAUUCGGCUUCAAGUGUUGCUGCGGAGCGUGCCCUGGACUGAAAAAGGGGGAGACGGACUACAUUUGGUGA